AUGGACCGGCGGGCCAGGCAGCAGCGGGCUCUGGCCCUCCUCCCGGUCUGCCUGGCCCUCGCCUUCUCCCUCACGGCCGUGUGCAGCAGCUACUGGUGCGAGGGCACGCGGCGGGUGGCAAAGCCACUGUGCCAGGAUCGUCCGGGGGCGCUGCAUUGCAUCCACUACAGCCGUGGCAGCAGCGACAACCGGAGCCAGGCCGUCCAGUACAUUUGGGAGAUGGGAGACGACAAGUUCGCCCAGCGCAGGUUCCACGUGGGGCUCUGGCAGUCAUGCGAGGAAACCCUCGGGAGCACAGGUGAAAACUGCAGAAGUUUCCAGAGUGUAAUACCAGCUGAAGAACAAGGUGUCUUGUGGCUGUCUAUCGGGGCUGAGGUCCUGAAUAUCCUACUGACAUUGACAAGUGCAGUCCUCCUGGGCUCCAGAGUGAGGCAUCACUCUGGGUUCCACUGGCUCAAGGUGGAUGCCUCAGUAGCCAUCCUCAUGGUGCUUGCAGGGCUUCUAGCCAUGGUGGCCCACAUGAUGUACACAACCAUUUUUCAAAUCACUGUGAACCUGGGACCGGAAGAUUGGAAGCCUCAGACGUGGGACUAUGGCUGGUCAUACUGCCUCGCCUGGGGUUCCUUUGCUCUGUGCAUGGUUGCAUCGGUCAUGGCCACAAGCAGAUACACAGCAGCCCGCCGGGAACUCGCAGAGAAAAAAAGUGGACAGAAGGGCAGUCAGCACUCUCCACAAGACUUCCAGAAACCCAAGGCUUCAGACAGUGUUUGGGAAACAGAAGCUGCUCCCAGCCCUGCGGGGUGUGCCCUUAUCAGUGUAUCUAAGCACCUGCCACCAAAGGCUCCAGGCAAGGUGUCCAUGUGCUAGCCAGGGUUCAUGGCUGACAGAUCUGCACAGGCAGACAAACCAGACACUAGUCUACAAGGAGCAUUUCUGGAGUGGGCUUCACAAGGCUGUGAAGUAAACCUUCCACCUGCCAUCUUACCCUUCACUAAACACCUUUGCCUUCAACUCCUGAUUCCUGUUAUAAUGCCAGUAUUUUUAAAUGAGAUAACUCCUACAAAAAAUAUCACCCAUUGACACUCUAGUAUAAAUGAGCAUCCCAAGCUUUCCUGACAGUUUAAUAAGGGUGACAGUAGGAACAUGUGAGUGCUAAGAGUAAGAGCUAAAGAAAGGGGGAAAACAAGGCUUUGACUACAAACAAUGUAGAUUUGUUGCCCAUACAGUUAUGUUGACAGAAGAGUCCAGAAUGUCUUUUUCCUUAAUUGACACACACAAAUUAAUAGUACAUGUGACUACCCUAUAUUUUUUUUCUGUUUUAAUCAGGAAGAAAUGAAUUUAAAAAUCAGUUUUGUGUUAUUUUUAAAAUACAUUUUCUUCUAAAUUUUCUACUUUCCACCUAUAGGAAAAUCAGUUUGGAAGGAUAAUCAAAUGAUAAAACAAAAUAAGAAGGGUUGAAUGGAAUGACAUCUUGUCACAGCUAAGUGGAACAAAUGUUUGAAUUGUUGUGCUUAAAUUAAAUUGCCAGGCACUUCUGCUUCUAAAAAUAAACAUGGUGAAA